CUAAAAGUGAAUCUUGAAGUGAAUACCUCGCAAAGACGACAAACAAUAAUGUCGGCUGCUCCUCCCUAUUCGGAAGUUCCUGAACGGGUCAGGUCUAUCCUGGAAAACUACUCGCAGCCACAAGAGUUGAAGGCAGAACGUCUUUUGCAAUUCGCUUCCGUGCAACCUCGCAAUGAGGACAAGGAAGGAGACACGGAGACCAUCAAUAGGGUCACUAUUACACAUCACUUCGUAGAAGUUCCCGGGGAUCAUGAAACAGUUCGAUUUCAUUAUGUCGAAGCCGGCAGCGGGGAGGUGGUGGUGUUUUUGCAUGGAAUCCCCGACAGCUGGUAUUUAUGGCAUCAUUCUGUGGCAGCUCUGUCCAGCAAUUAUCGAUGUAUAGCCUUUGACCUCAAAGGCUAUGGUCAAUCGGAGAAGAAACCAGGUGAUUACCGCCACGAGGGUGUUGCGGACCAAAUGUAUGCUGCAUUCGACAAGAUUGGGAUUACGGCAUCUCGGUUCAACAUCGUUGCCCAUGACAGAGGAACCGUUCAGGCAGACUAUAUCGCGGCGAAGCAUCCAGAGGCCGUGCUCCGGUAUGGCCGAGGGGAACAGCAUUUGUAUCACUUCAAUCCUCUCCUGGCUCCUCAGGAAAAGAUUUUCCGAGACGCACCGUGGACUGGAGUAAUGGAAGACCCCAAGCGAUUUGUCGUCUGGCUCUAUACUAACGCGGCAAAACGGCCGGUUUCCCACGAGGAUCUGGUCCGGGCCAUUCAGGAAUACUCCUAUCCAGGGGUGACGCGCGCAGUGCCGCGUUAUUUUAACUCGUCCUCAUUCCGUGCGGAGUGGCUGGAUCGACGGAAUCGGUUACUUACGGCUAUUAAAUGCCCUGUAUUGAUCAUGCAGGGGUAUGACAGCCGCACCACGCCGCGAGAACUAUACGAAAAUUCUCGGGACUACCUUCCAAAUUCUCAACAUGUCGAGGUCGCUUUCCUUCCAGGGGGACAUUUCUGGCCUGCGGAGUCCCCUGCGGAAACCGUGGAUGCACUACAUUCAUUGCUAGCCUUGCCCAUCUCUUGAUUAAAUCCAUGUACUGUCGUGAUAGAUUCAACAUUCCCAUUUGAUAAUACGAUUAGGC